CCACAGAGCAACUGCCACAACUUACUACCUCAUCCUUACUGUCCCCAGCCUUGAGCUCAAGCACGGGGAUCAACUAGUAGGCAACCAGGACAGACAGAGAGACACACCUCGGGAGAGAGUACCAGGCCAGGAACUUUCCAUACUUGCCUCUGUUUACGGAUACCGGUUACAGAUACCGUGCACAGCCACCAUCGCAUCGACACAGCAGGAGUCUACCCCUCUCUCUCUCUCUCUCUCUCUCUCACACACACACACUUCUCUCUCUCUCUCUCUCUAUUUUUCCCUCACUGAUACUAAGGAAAGGACAAAAACACUCUCUCUCCUUUGACUGCUUUUUACUCUCCCUCUCUGCUUCUCUUUCUCUAAAGCGUAGCUCCGGCAGCACUGCGCUCCCUCUCCUCCUCCUCCCCUCUCUCUAACCAGCACCCCCAUCUCUCCACCUCCCCCCCACCCCCUCAGGAAGAAUACUGCUAACUGUGCUGCACGCGGCAGGCUGCAGCUGCUAUAGCCACGGCCAGGCAAACCAUCGCAGGGAGAGGACCAGAAGAGAAGAGAGAAAAAGAGAGGACAGUGGGAUGACUGCGUCAGGAGUCCUUUAGCUUUUUUCUCUCUCUCUUUCUCCAUCCAUCAGAGCGGGGCGAAUCAGGCACCAGCUAGCCUUCGGCAAAGUCACCGAGACGGAGGGCUCUCAGCCGACAUACACACAGAAACACAGAAACACACACACACUCACGAGGACCUGCCAGACCGGUGGAUAAAAAAAAAAAAUGUAUUGUCAUUUUUUUCCUUUCUGCUCGGUGUGUCUGGCUUUUACUGCUUGAUGGAGCAGUGUGAUUCGUCAACAGAGGGGCCGUGUGUCUGCGGCUGCAGGCAGGGAGAGGGGGAGAGGAGGAGGGCUGGGGGACGCCAGUCACCUGCUUAGCUUAACCCACACGGCCUGUCUUUUCCCACCGAGCCUCUAGUCUCUACACACUGCUCUGCUCCACUCUCACCACCGGCUAACAGGAGACAUUUUGUUCCAUUAGUUAACACAGGGACAUUACCACCACUUUCCAGAUGAAGAAGAAGAACUGAAUAUAAAUACACUUUUCACAUUUCUGUUUUUCCAUGGAAAGGGAAAUAUACAUGACUCUGGUUCCUGAUUGUUUUUUGUGAUAUUCAGAAAGGAAGAAAUAAGGGACCGUUUUAUGAACUAAUGAGCGUCACCCAGAGUCGUCGAUGGCGUGGCGAAUCCUGUCCUUGCUCCAGCCAGGGUAGGAGGGUGGUGCGUCCUCCUCUAGUGUCCGUCUCGCCCCAACAUGCUGAACAAUGAGCCCUCCGCAACAUGAGUACUGUGGGCCGGGUUUCUCUGCAGCCCACCUGGAACGCAGCCCUGCUCGCCCUGCUAGCCCUCACCAUGGUGCCAGCUCUCAGUGUGUGCCAGCCUGCCGGCCUGGGUCCUCCCCCCAACCCCCAGAACUGUCCGGUGGUGUGCUCCUGCACCAACCAGAUCGGUAAGGUGGUGUGUACACGCCGUGGCCUGGUCAGGGUGCCCCCCGGGAUCCCCACCAACACCAGAUACCUCAACCUGAUGGAGAACAGCAUCGAGACCAUCCAGGCUGACACCUUCAGACAGCUACACCAUCUGGAGGUGCUGCAGCUGGGCAGGAACGCCAUCAGGCAGAUUGAGGUGGGGGCCUUCAACGGCCUGACCAGCCUCAACACCCUGGAGCUGUUUGACAACAGACUGACGGGGAUCCCCAGCGGGGCUUUUGAGUACCUGUCCAAGCUGAGGGAGCUGUGGCUGAGGAACAACCCCAUCGAGAGCAUCCCAUCCUAUGCCUUCAACAGGGUGCCCUCUCUGAUGAGGCUGGACCUAGGGGAGCUCAGGAGGCUAGAGUACAUUUCUGACGGGGCCUUUGAGGGCCUGCAGAACCUCAAGUACCUGAACCUAGGGAUGUGUAACCUCAGGGAGAUGCCUGUCCUGUCUCCCCUGACUGGCCUGGAAGAGCUGGAGAUGUCUGAGAACACUUUCCCUGAGAUGAAGCCUGGCUCUUUCCGCGGCCUGCGCUCGCUACAGAAACUCUGGAUUAUGAACUCUGGGAUCACCGUGAUCGAGAGGAACGCCUUCGAUGACAUCACGGCGCUGGUGGAGCUGAAUCUAGCCCAUAAUAACCUGUCAUCUCUCCCCCAUGACCUCUUUGCCCCGCUGCAGUACCUAGUGGAGCUCCAUCUCCACCACAACCCCUGGAGGUGUGACUGUGACGUGGUCUGGCUGUCCUGGUGGCUCAGGGAGUACAUCCCCACUAACUCCACCUGCUGCGGCCGCUGCCACUCCCCUGCCCACAUGAGAGGAAGAUACCUGGUGGAGGUGGACCAGACCACAUUCCAGUGCUCUGCUCCCUUCAUCCUGGAUGCUCCAAGGGACCUCAACAUCUCUGCAGAGAGAGUUGCAGAGCUCAAGUGUCUUACGGCCGCCAUGUCAUCGGUCCGAUGGCUGCUUCCUAACGGGACCGUUCUGACCCACGGCUCGUCUCACCCUCGGAUCUCUGUCCUCAAUGAUGGAACGCUCAACUUCUCCAACGUUUUGCCGUCGGACAAGGGUGUCUAUACUUGCAUGGUGACUAACAUGGCAGGUAACUCCAACGCCUCAGCCUACCUGAAUGUCAGCAAUGCCGAGCUCAACACCUCCAACCUGUCCUAUUUCACUACAGUGACUGUGGAGGUGCUGGAGCCCACCGUAGAAGAGACCCCCAAACCCAAACCCACAGUCCCAGCUUCGCCCUCAGUGUUCCAGCCCGUCUUCAUCUCCACGCCCACCAUGCUGCUCCAGAGCACCCAGACCCCCCGCCAGGUGUCUCUCCCCACAGCCCGUGGCCCCACCCACCCCUCCGCCAGCCUGGACGAGGUCGUGAAGACAACCAAGAUCAUCAUUGGCUGCUUCGUUGCCGUGACGCUCCUUGCCGCUGCCAUGUUGAUCGCCUUCUACAAGCUGCGUAAGCGGCACCAGCAGCGGAGCACGGUGGCAGUGGCGCGGACCAUCGAGAUCAUCCAAAUGGAUGAGGAGGUUCCCGAGGUUCCACCGGCCAGGUCAGGUUCUAGCGAGUCUGAGGAGAUGGGACUGGCUCUGCCCACCAUCUUAAAAGCAAGAUACAUCUCAUCAUCCUCAUCGUCGUCCCACAGAGACAGAGACAGAGACAAAGACAGAGAUAGAGACAGGGACAGAGCUGCCUACGGGGCUCACUGGACCCAUAACAACCUGGGAAACUCCCUGCACCGUUCCUCCAGCCGCCAGCAUCAUCAGCAGCACCACCACAGCCUCAUCAGCACCAUCGCAGAGCCCUACGUCAUUAAGACCACUCACACCAAGGAGAAGGUCCAGGAGACCCAGAUCUAAGGGACUCAUGCUGGCCUUACUGUGGAUCUAACUGUGUGGAUCUAACUGUGUGGAUCUAACUGUGGAUCUAACUUGGUGGAUCUAACUGGGUGGAUUUCUAUAUGGAUCUGACUCUACUCCCUCCUCUCUUCCUCUCCUCACUGCUCACCAGUCCAUGCAAUAGAAUGCACAAAGAAGACGGUAACUUUCUUUUGUACAGAGUGCAAAAUGGAGACAGUUUUAUCUAUCUUGUACAUGCUUAUACAUAAAUAUAGAAAUGUAAAAAAUAUACAUCUAUAUAACUUAAUCUAAUAUGGGGACGGUGUUGGGAUUAUGUAUCAAAGAAGAAAGUAAAAUUUAAACUAUUUUCUAAUAACUUGUAAGUUCUAUUUAAAAGCGAGAGAUGUUGAGGUCUCGAUGAUGGUAUGUUUGAUUGAUUGAGGGAGGAGCUGUCUUGAGGGAAACCGUUCUUUUUGUCAUUUAGACCAUUUAGGAUGUAGUAAAAGCCCUUUAUACCCACAGCAGUUUAUAAAACAACAAGCCCUAACAUCAGAUCAGGCUUCGCAGGUUCAUCUUAUAAAAGCGGCAGUUUGUACUGUGCCAAACGUUACAAAUACAAUAAAGGACUCUGGAAGAUUAUGAAAACCAACAGCCACAUCCAAGCAAAAUCUAGACAGAAAGACAGAGAGUAAUUUGUCGAGGGAGAGAGGUAGAGAGAAGAGCAUAGAUUUUGCUGUUCAGUAGCUAUCAGCCAAAUGGUUUUAGACUGCAGUGAAUUUCUGCAGCUAAGGUUUAACCCUUUGUUUUCCGGAGCAAAGCUACACAUCUAUCUAAAAACAGCUCUUUAUGUUACUGAAUCUAAACCCGUUUAGUACGGUUGUAUUUGAUUUAUCCCAGGUCCCCUUGGCUAAGAUGAAGGACAGGCUAUUAUGAACAGAGAUUUGGUGUGGUUUCUUCAUGCAGAUUUAGGUUGCAUAAGGUAUUGUUCUUUUUUAUUUUUGUCUUGGGUUGUGACAUGCUUCUUAAUGGCAUGUGUAGUGUUUAGGGUUAAUGUAGUGCUGCAUUACAGUGGUUCUCUGUCUGCUCUCUGUAAGGGCUCGUUCUAAUGGUAAUCCCUCACAGUUACAGACGUGGUGCAGAGAGACUGGGGUUUGCUGACCAAUCUGCUUUUGGAAGAAAAAAAGGAGCCGGGCUGAAAUUAAAUGAAUGUCUGGACAUUGGGCUUGUUUCUCUAUGGACUUCAUUGAAACAAUGAAAGUGUUUUUUCUUUUCCUUAUUUUGGGUAUUAUUUCGAGCAACACUAUUUUUAUGGGGUGUCUAUAAGGAGGCUACAAAAAAUAAAACCUUUGGUUUGUAUUUCUCUACUUGGAGACACUUCAACGUACCAUUAUUUUCCCUGUCCCUCUUGAUGACAGUGUGGAGAUAUUAGCUUGUAAGCCUGGUAGCAUGUCAGUCCACAAACACUGAACAGAACGCAUUCAUAAUUCUAAAUGAAGCUCUACCCCCUACCCUCCUAGUCACAACUGUAGAUCGGAAAAGGAUCAGAUAAACUUGAGCAAUAUGGCAAUUGCUUCACCUUGCCUUCUGAUAGACUUGUGGAAUUCUUUGCCAUAUUGCUUGCACCUAUCCAAUCCUUUCAGACGUACAGUACAUCCGUGCUAAGGUGGUAGGGGGUAAGAUGGAGUAAGAAUUUGGAGGUCCAUGCUAUUUCUAUGUUAGCUGUGAUAAGAUAUGGUCUACCCUCCUCUUCCCCAGUUAUUCCUAUGCAUUGCAUUUACACUGGUCCCUGUCAGUGAAUGAGUCUUUAAGUGAGGCUGUGUACAAUGCUGCAUUAUCCUCCCUCCCACACUGGAUCUCUAUGAGAGGGCCUUCUGAUCUCUGCUGCUUCACGUUGCCGAGGGGGUUAGGUAGACACACACACACGCUGAAUGCCAAAUCAGCCUCCAGCCCCUUCCCCAUAGGCACUCCUGUAGAGGUAAAUAAUAAUAGGUACAAGCAAUAUGGUAGCAGCCCCCUUGUCCUAGGUGGUAUUGUCACUAUAUGCUCACUAUGCUCACACACAUACAAUCCUUUCAGAUCUACAGCAGUGCAUAGUUGCUAGAGGGGCAGUGCAAGUAAUCUGAUAUGGCUUCCUAUCCUUAUAUAUUUUUCUACUAUUUUCCUGAUGUGAGGGGACUUUACAGGAGAAUGAAAAGUAUUGGUAUUCUUCCACCAAUUGCUUUCCUCUUGUCCUGUAGUGUCACAACAGUGCAAAUGAAGUAAACAAGGAGAGAAAGCUACUUUAGAUCAUUGAGAUGCAGCCCAAGUGGUAGCCUUAACAAGGCAAUACUUUCCAAAUGUAGCGGUACAGUGAAAUAUAUAGUACAUCAUUGAAUAUUGUUAUAUUGUUAAAGUAAUUUCUGAAUGAAAAUGAACCACUCCUUUUAUCAUUAAGUGGAUCUGUACUAUAAAGGAACCACCAACAUAAAGUGCCUCAAUAGGGUGUUGGACACCACGAACAAGAACAGCUUCAACACCUUGGCAUAGAUUCUACAAGUGCCUGGAACUUUAUUGGAGGGAUGUGACUUCAUUCUUCCAUGAGAAACUGCAUCAUUUGGUGUUUUGUUGAUGGUGGUGGAAAACGCUGUCUCAGGUACUCCUCCAGAGUCUCCCAUAAGUGUUCAACUGGGCUGAGAUCUCCACACACGCACACACACGCACACACGCACGCACGCGCGCACACACACACACACACACACACACACACACACACACACACACACACACACACACACACACACACACAGCGGAAGGUCGGAGGGAAUUAACAUUAUUACAAAUCAUUUGUAGACUGUAAAUUGACUGCAAGAAGCCCAAAGAGAUAUAAUAUUUGACUAAAACAUAAUCAUUUAAAACCUUGCUUACAUUUGUAUACGAUCACGUGUCUUUCUAUUAUUCUGUAUUAUUCUGUAUUUCUUCAGAAAAUAAAACCGCCAGUUGAGCACUAUGCUCCGUAGAAACCCCUCUUUGAAAGUCACUGAGAUAUCUUCUUCUAGCAAUGGUAGCCAAAACAAUGGUGGGCGUUUCUAAACAUGAUCUUAAUCAUGAUGGGAUGUGAAUUCUUUAAUUAACUCAGAAAACCACACUUGUGUGGAAGCACCUGCUUUCAAUAUACUUUGUAUCCUUCAUUAACUCACGUGUUUCCUUUAUUUUGGCAGUUACCUGUACAUCCCUGUGUGGGAGAAGGAGCCUACAGUGUAACUGAUAUUUAACUACACUGCCACAAUUUCACAAUGAAAAUUAAUUAUUUAUGUUAUCACCAGCAAUAAGCUUCCACUGUACAUUCACAAUGUGUGAGUGUUUGAUCAUGUCUUGUCCUGCACUGAUUACGCUUCUGAAUCACAAUGAUGUCACACAGUUGAAAGGUCAAUCAUCAGAAAUGAGUGUUUGUGUUCUGUGGUGACUAGUGCAACAUCACUUCGACCUCUCAGCUGCCGCUUCAGAUACACUCAGUCACCGUCUCCCCCAUUCAGAAGACACACAGACUGCUACUGUUUCCUCAACUCAGCUCAGAAAACCAAAUGUCACUCAGGGCCCAGGCGGAACAGGAAGACAGGAAUGGAAGCAUUGAAAAUAUUCCUGUUGCUCCAAAUGAGACGUUUAUCUGUCUAUUUCAGUAGAAAAGGGAUAAGAAUUAAGCCAUUCAAUAAUUACAGAGACAUUCUGCUGCCAGGCUUGGAGAGGACUAUAAAGGCUGCUUUUAAAUCCUACAGGCAUCAAUUGGACUGGCCUCCGUAGGCAGAGGCUACAGAUACACUGCCCCCUCUUCCUUGUCCUCUUUUUCAUUACCUCCUCCUCCCACUCCUAAUCCUCUUCCCUUCCUACUCUCCACUUGUCUCUAUAAAUGCCUAAAUCUACUAGAUAUGAUACAUUCAUAACGCAUUUCAGACAGCUGGUUCCUAGAGAGUGUUACUGACUGUUUUCUAUCCCAUCUGCUCCUCAGUGUGUGUGUGUGUGUGUGUUAGAGGACUGUCUACAGGUGUGCUGGUGGGAGCAGAUGUGUCCAUGUAUUACUGGGUCAAGUGGAUGUUUUCUGUCGUUUUCUCUGCAGGGUGAAUAAGAACAUUUUACACCAGAGUCAGACACUCUCCUUUUUCGCUCCUCACAUCUGAAUGCUUCUGUGAUGGGUGUUUUUCCUGCAAUACAGCAGCUUCUUAUGUGUUCUCUUGAAAGGAAAAUAUUCUCCACUUUUCUUUCUAUGUGAAAGAUAUGUUACCUUUGAGAGACUAUUAGCUCUGUCUGAGGUGGGGAAUCAUGUGUGGAUUAACAUGUUGUAGGCCCCAAUCAGGGACUUAUUCACAUUUGGGGCACCAGGCCACUGAACUCUCUGGCCAAUCAGUCACAAUUAUGAUCAAUGACCAAUAAGUGCCAGAUAGAGAAGAAAAGCAGGUAUUUGAAUAGCUCUGCUCUAGGCCCUUGUGAAGAUCUUAAAAGAUUGGAUAGGUGUCAGCAAAAUGGGAGAGGUAGUGCUAUCAUCAUAUAAUGUCAUAUCUACUGAAGUGUCUUUGUCUAUUAUAUGGGUUAAGGGUUGAUUUGUGAUUAUGCAUUAGUCUGCAAACACAAGAGCCCAAACAAAGGCUUGCUGUGAAAACAUCCAUAGUGCUAAUACGAGACAGCUCCUCUCUCUUAUCAGUAGCAGUGGAGUCUGUCAUGCAUUCAGACUGUGCCUGCAUGUUGCCUUGUUGCCAAAUGAGCUAUGAAGAUGCCUUGUCAUAACUGUUAUCAGUCCCUCUCCCUCUCUCCCCUCCUCUUUGUCUGAAGCUAAUUGACUUAAAUCCAGACUACUCAUCCAGUCAGCCCUAGAUUAAACUCUCUCUCUCUCUCUCU